AUGGAAAUCAGUUCUACUGAGAAUUCUAACUCCACCACUAACUGGUUGUGCGACUAUGAGUUGAUGGAUGAUAUCUCUGCCGUCUCGGCCGCAGCAAGCUUCCCCAGUCCUCCUCCGCAGCCGCUUGCCACCGCCACCGCCCCCACCGCCUUUGGCUUCUCCUGGUUCCCCAAAGCAUUCAGCUGUAGCUCUAAUGUUAGUUCGGAAUUGGACUGCUCUUUUGAGGAUUCUCAAGGCUUUAAGGAAGAAGGUCCUCGUAAACGCUUAAAGUCAGAGUCAUGUAAUACAUCUGGAUCUAAAGCAUGUCGAGAGAAGUUGCGCAGAGACCGACUAAAUGAGAGGUUCCUGGAACUGAGGUCUAUCCUUGAGCCAGGCAAGCCAUCAAAAACAGACAGACGUGCUAUUUUAUGCGAUGCUGUUCGAAUGGUAACUCAGCUGCGUCUUGAAGCUCAGCAGCUGAAGGAGUCAAACAAGGAUUUGCUGGAAAAGAUCAAAGAAUUGAAGGUUGAGAAGAAUGAGCUACGAGAAGAGAAAUUAAGGCUCAAGGCCAAUAAAGAGAAGCUCGAACUGCAAAUUAAAGCUUUGGCUGCACAACCCGCGUUAUUAGCCCAUCACUCUGCAAUGGGAGUUGCAUUUGCAAAGGAAGCAGGGAACAAGUUAAUGCCCUUCAUUGGUUAUCCUGGUGUUGCCAUGUGGCAGUUCAUGCAACCUGCUGUGGUUGACACAUCCCAGGAUCACGUGCUUCGCCCUCCUGUUGCAUAA